UCAGCCCAGCAGUGUUGACAAUAGGGUGAAAAGAAACAGCCCCGAAUCAUAAACGAGCAGAGGAAAACACCAAAAUCCAGGGGUUUGGGGAAGACAAGCAUUUGAAUCAGUGACGGGAAUGUAAUUGCGUUAACCUAAUCGUUUUAUACAGCCGUAUUUUCUUAUUAAUGGAAGUUUGAGGAUUAUUCCGUUGGAAGGAAAAAGGUACUCGUGGGUUUGGCUGUUUCAGGCCAAGAUUUUCCUGCCGCUCCGCCGCUGCUUGGGAAAGGCUGUUUGCACCGAGCUGGAGGUAGCCUAACAGUUAGCCCGCUAGAUUUCCAAACAUAGGAUAACUCCUCGUCGCCGUCUCCGUUGCGAACCGCAGAGGAUCAAGCAGGGCUAUGUCCUCGGCAGCCACCACAUCUCCAUCUGUGGACAAAGUGGACGGAUUUUCACGGAAGUCUGUCAGGAAGGCCAAGCAGAAGCGGUCGCAGAGUUCGUCCCAGUUCCGCUCUCAGGGCAAACCCAUAGAGCUCACGCCCUUGCCACUGCUCAAGGACGUGCCAGCGCCGGAGCAGCCGGAGCUGUUCCUGAAGAAGCUGCAGCAGUGCUGUACUGUCUUUGACUUCAUGGACACGCUGUCUGACCUCAAGAUGAAGGAGUACAAGCGCUCCACGCUCAACGAGCUGGUGGAUUACGUGACCGUCAGCCGGGGCUACCUGACAGAGCAGGCCUACCCCGAGGUCGUCAAAAUGGUGUCUCACAACAUAUUCCGGACCCUUCCGCCCAGUGACAGUAAUGAGUUUGACCCUGAGGAGGAUGAGCCCACGCUCGAGGCCUCCUGGCCUCACUUACAGUUGGUAUACGAGUUCUUCAUCCGGUUCUUGGAGAGUCAGGAAUUCCAGCCCAGCAUUGCCAAAAAGUACAUAGACCAGAAGUUUGUCCUACAGCUCUUGGAGUUGUUCGACAGCGAGGAUCCUCGGGAGAGAGACUACCUGAAGACAGUCUUGCAUAGAAUCUACGGCAAAUUCCUGGGGCUGAGGGCUUUUAUACGAAAACAGAUCAAUAAUAUUUUUCUACGUUUUGUUUAUGAGACGGAGCACUUCAACGGGGUGGCUGAGUUGCUGGAGAUCCUGGGGAGUAUAAUCAAUGGUUUCGCUCUGCCACUGAAAGCAGAGCAUAAACAGUUUCUGGUCAAAGUGUUGAUCCCUCUCCACACUGUCAGGAGCCUGUCCCUCUUCCAUGCACAGUUGGCGUAUUGCAUUGUACAGUUCCUAGAGAAAGACCCCUCAUUAACAGAACCAGUCAUCAGAGGCUUACUGAAGUUCUGGCCAAAAACCUGCAGUCAAAAGGAGGUGAUGUUUCUAGGCGAGCUGGAGGAGAUCCUGGACGUCAUUGAACCCACACAGUUCGUCAAGAUCCAGGAGCCGCUCUUCAAACAGAUCUCCAGAUGUGUCUCCAGCCCACAUUUCCAGGUUGCAGAGCGAGCUCUGUACUACUGGAACAACGAGUACAUCAUGAGCCUGAUCGAGGAGAACUCCAGCGUCAUCCUGCCCAUCAUGUUCGCCAGCCUCUACAGGAUCUCCAAAGAGCACUGGAACCCGGCGAUCGUGGCGCUGGUCUACAACGUACUGAAGGCCUUCAUGGAGAUGAACAGUACCUUAUUUGAUGAACUCACAGCCACUUACAAGUCGGACCGCCAGCGUGAGAAGAAGAAGGAGAAGGAGCGGGAGGAGCUGUGGAAGAAGCUGGAGGACUUGGAGCUGAAGCGGGGCCUUAGGAGCGACGGGAUCAUCCCAACUUAACGAAGACAGCGCCGUGCUCCCCUCUGCCCCGCCCACCUCCCUCCCCUGCCCCUCAUCCUGUUCCUCUCUGACUCCCCCGCCCCUCCAUCCUGACCCCGGCUCCACCCCUCCACAUCAGCCAUGUCUGCCCAGAGCUCCGAAGAAUCCCCGAUAAAGGCCAUCGUCUCUGGAUCGACACGGAGCGCCCGCUGGUUUCUUAAUUGUUUUUUUUUCUUAUGUUUUUUUUCUCCUGUGUUUAUGCGACUUACUUUACAGUAGAUUCAACACGUCUGUUUUCAUUAUUUCAACAGCACUGUAAAUAAUUAUUUUUUCUUUUUUUUCCCUUAAACUGAUAUUAUUGCAAACAGAAAAACAAAACAAUAAUAAUAAAAAAAAGGAAGAAAAAAAUAGAAAAUGAGAAAAUGACUUGUGUGGGAGGGGGAUUUAAACUACAACAAAAAAAAAACCUUUUGGACUGUAGGACAUGAAACGAACUGUUGAAAACAAAAAACAACAAAAAAAGAGAAGCUAGAUUGAUUUUAACUCUUCAUCCCAUUCUCGUCUUCUUCAGAACAGUCCCACAUGUAACUUUUAUUUUCCUGGUUCUCCUCUUUGCUUUUCCUCCCGUUGCCUCCAUUUUUCUGUUCCCUCCCUGCUGCCCCUCUGAUGGUGCAUCUGUCAUUUCUGCCCCAGUACGGGGCGUCCGGACUGAUUAUACCCUCCUCCUCCUCCACCUCCUCCACCUCCUCUACCCCCCAAUGGUUCCUAAAGGACCCCCGGCCCCUCUCUGGCCCCGCUUCCUGUUUUAAACGGGGAAGAAAAAAAAAAUGAACAAAACACAUUUAAAAACAACAACAGGGACUUUCUCACGACACAAACACAUUUAAAUUUUUCUUUCUGAGUGCGUUCACAUGUGUGGUCUUACUGCACGUCACAGAGUCCAGCAGAAGGAGAGAAAUUGUUGAUAAAUAAUUUCCUCACGUUUGUGAUUUGUGUUCCUGCUGAACACACUUUUAUCAUAUCCUCAAAUUACAUAAUCAAUUCUGUCACAGUGAAAUCGGUCGAAAUGACUGAACAGGCAGGAAACUGCAUAAAAACUCUCUUUACUUUUUUGGACUUUUAUCGAAUUCUUGCUUCUCUUGUGAGAUUGUCUUGUUUUACGCUUCCGAGCCUCUAAAACUGAUUCAGAUUUCAGAUUAAAAGUCUAAGAGGGGGAAAUGGCCCCUCAGUGUAAGUGGUCACAUCUUUUCGGCUCUGCCUCUGUCAGCUGGGAUCAUUUCCAUUCUGCAGAAGCUGUGUUCUGUUUCAGGUCCUGUGCACGUCAUUUAUUUUGACCUCCCCGUGACCUGUGAACCCUCCCUGGGUCUCUGCUCUCGCAGGAUUCAGUCUGACUCGAUGAUGCAGGAAUGUUUACAUGUAAACGCACUCGAUUCAUUUCCACCUCCUUCCUGCUCUGAAAAUGGUGGAUCACUUUUCACCACUUUCACUUGAUUAUUUUUCUCCUGCCCUCCAUCUUUUUUUCUCUCUGACCCCUCCCUCCCUCCCUCACUGCCCCCCCCCCCUCCCCCCACCUCCCUCACCAACCAACCAUUCAUACCAGGUUUCCCUGGUAUCAGUCUGGCACUGGUACCUCCGGCCAUAACGGGGACUUCAGAAUAAAAAUUAAAAAAAGUCUUCAGAGGAACGCCAAAAAUCUUCCUCCUGUCGUGAAAAAGACGAGCGCCCCGCCUCACCCCACCUCACUGGGGGGCGCUGCGUUGACUUCACAGUAUUACAACAACAGUGACAAAAAAAGACAACCCUGUACAUUGUUAUUGAAUGCAGUACACUGAUAAUCUUGUAUCUUGUAGUAAUUUAGCCUAUGUUUUUUGCUUAGGAAACUGUGGAGAGGAGUAUCCAGUAUAUAAAGAGGUAUUAUGGAACAAGACUUCCUGGUAUUUAUGAUAGUGUUUCCCCCCUUUUAGUCUGUUUUUUCUUUUCUGUCUCUCACUCCUCCCUCUUCUCUUGGUUUUUAUCUCAUUUUGGAUAUUUUGCUGAAGUUUCUUUUGACCAUUGGAUAUAUUUUUUUUAGUUGGGGGAGGGUGGGGAGGGGAGGGGUUUAGGGGAAAGGGUGUGGGCAGGUAGGCAGUGGGGUCAGAGGGAGGGAGGGAGGGAGGGAUGGAAGGCACGGAGCAGACCACUUUGCCCUGUUGGGAGUUUGACAGUGAACCUCCCCCCUCCUCCCUGGCAGAAUUAAUGUGUGCUUUAGAAUGGCCCAGAAAUAAUAUGAUUUAAAAACUGAAAAAAAAAGAUAAAAAAGGGUUGGAGAAAUACAAAUGUUUAAUUAUUUUAAAAAAUAAAGAGAUAUUAAA